AUGUCUGCAUUUCGAUCGUUCUUUGAUGAGUUCGGUCUUUUUGAUGUGCCAUCGACUAAUGGUACGUUUACUUGGUCCAAUAAUAGGAACCCUCCGAUCCUCCGAAGGUUGGACCGUAUCUUCCUCUCGCCUGAGUUGUUCUCUGCUUUUCCUUCGUCCUCCUUGGUUCUUGGUUCGAGGCACUUGUCUGAUCACGCUCCGCUGCUCCUUCCCCUUCUUCGUGGUAGGGCUGGUAUUGAGCACGCCAUGUUCCGUUUUGAGCUUUGGUGGCUUCGAGAUGAAUCAUUUGUGGCUACCGUCCCUAAUUGGUGGGCUGCUUCCAGGCUCUCGCGGAAGUUGCACUUCAUCAGGAGGGAGGCCAUCGCCUGGAAGCGCAUUUUCUGGAGCGGCAAAUUUUCGGAGGUGGCUGAUUGGGAUGAGGAGAUCCUGUCCCUUCAGGCCUUUGACAAUAUUUCUGCGGAUCAGUCUUCUCGUCUCCUUUGUCUGCAGUGUCUUGCCCUGGAGUGGCGGAUUAGGGAGUCUAUCCACUGGCAACAGCGCUGUAGGCUGGGUUGGCUUGCGCAUGGAGACCAGAACUCUAGAUUCUUCCACUUGGCCGCCUCUCAAAGGUGCCGUCAGACGUUGCUCCAGUCCAUGAAUAUUGGGGGCAGAGUUUUUCUUGGCGAUGACAUCCUCCCGGCUCUAAGCACUCAUUUUCGGGAUUUUUACUCCAAACCUCUUCGCUUCUGUGCCACGCUGUCGGAUUUUCACCUCUCCCCUCUCUGUCUCUUGUGCGAUUUCUCUUGA